UUACCGAUCAAUCUCCUGCAAACACGCACUAGAGCAGUGCGACUGGCACCAUCCACCUUCAUCGUCUCUCCUAUCCCAAGCACUUGGCUAGGCCAUUUCUACCAGCAAGACCAGCAGAAAGGCAGGUUGGUCAAGCUUGCACAGAUAAAGUGUCCGUACGGGCAUAGGAAGCAGGAGAUGGUCUUCCCCGCCAUUCUGCCCAAGAUAGCCGUCCACUGGCUCAUCAACUUGUACCGCGCGGCCAGGAAGCUCCGCAGCAAUGCCUUCCAGUACUACCGUAACUCCACCACCAACACCAAGCCAUCCACUCAAGCCGUCUCCAGCUCCGAGCGCGCCAUGCCGUCCGCUGCUGAUGGGACGGUGGUGUGCGACUUCCACGGUGGGCUCCUGAGGUCCGCCGGCAUCUUCCCCUACUUCAUGCUCGUCGCCUUCGAGGGCGGCAGCCUGCUCCGGGCGCUGGUGCUGCUCUGCUUCUUUCCCCUCGUGUGCAUGCUCGGCGAGCACUCCGACGCCGGCGUCCGGGUCAUGACGUUCGUCACCUUCGUUGGGCUCAGGCCACGGGACGCCGACCUCGUGGCCCGCACCAUCCUGCCAAAGUUCUACAUGGAGGGGCUCCACGCGCAGGUGUACGACCACCUCUGGCUGCCGGCGAAGAGGAAGGUGGCGCUGACGAGCGCGCCGAGGGUGAUGGCGGAGUGGUUCCUCAAAGAGUACAUGGCCGCGAACGUGGUCGUCGGGUGCGAGCUUGAGAUGGUUGAGGUAGGGCGCGUGUGGUAUUUCACCGGGCUGCUGUGCGGGACAGGACCAGACAACAUGGGCUUGAGGCACAAGGCACUGAGGGAGGCGUUGGAAGCGGACGGCAACAUGGCCGACGUUGCCGUCGUCGGGAGCUCCGACCACCUCUGCGCUCCCUACUGCAAGGAGCUUUACGUGGUCAGCUUGGCGAGUGGCAAGACCGCCCGUCUGCCGCGAGAGAGGUACCCGAAGCCGCUCAUCUUCCACGACGGACGUCUGGUCUUUCUGCCCACCGCCCCUGCUAUGCUCGCCUUCUUCCUAUUUUUGCCGCUAGGUUUUAUACUCUCCGUCAUCCGCAUCUCCAUCGGCAUCGUCCUGCCCUACAACAUCAGCUUCGCAGCCAGCGCGCUCGCCGGAGUCUGCUUCCGCACCUCCGGCCGCCGCACCCGGGAAGCCGGCGGCAAGCGCAGGGGCGUCCUGUUCGUGUGCACGCACCGGACGCUGGUGGACCCGAUCAUGCUCACCGCGGCGCUGCAGAGGGCCGUGCCAGCCGUGACGUACAGCCUCAGCCGGCUCUCCGAGAUGAUCGCGCCCAUCAAGACGGUGCGGCUGACGCGUGACCGCGACCAGGACGCCGCCAUGAUGUCGCGGCUGCUGGAGCAGGGAGACCUCGCGGUGUGCCCCGAGGGCACCACCUGCCGCGAGCCCUACCUGCUGCGGUUCAGCCCGCUGUUCGCCGAGCUGGCCGACGACAUGGAGCCCGUGGCGCUGGACGCGCAGGUCACGUCGUUGUAUGGCACCACGGCCAGCGGCCACAAGUGGCUCGACCCCGUCGCCUUCUUCGCCAACCCGGUGCCUGCGUACAGGGUGGAGUUCCUCGGCGCCGUGCCACGGGAACAGACGCGCGCAGGGGGGAGGACCGGCGCCGAGGUAGCCAACUGGGUCCAGCGCCGGCUCGGCGAGGCGCUUGGGUUCGAAUGCACCGAGCUCAGUCGCCGUGACAAGUACAUUAUGCUCGCCGGAAACGACGGUGUUGUCCGCAACCGCAAGUAGCGCAGCAGCUGAACGUGUUCUACACAUCUACACGUACGUCCUGCAAACCAAAAGACGCCAAUAUUAUCAGUUCCUCCUAUUCGGAAGUAAUGUAGUCUGUUCGGGGGUAGUGUGUGUGUCUAUUGAGUUUUCUCUUGCUGGUGUGUUGAGAAGGACUGGUUUGCUGUCAGACUCCAAAAUAAAUGAUUGUACUGAAAUCUAAUCAAAGGACGACGUCUUGUCGUUAACAAAGUA